AUGUGGAAGAAGGCAUCAGCAGCGGUCCUGCUGGCGUUGGCUGUCGGUCUGUUCUACAACAGCAGACCGGACCUGCCGGAGCAGAUUCUACACUACAUUGGCCUGCCAGACUUCCAGACGUCCUCUCAGAGCCAGACCGGCCUGGAGCAGACCAUCUGUGCCGCCUGGGAGGCUCUGAUAACUUUACCGACACGACAGUGGAGCAGAGUGGCCGUGGGGGUGAACGCCUGCGUGGACGUGGUCGUCUCUGGAGUGGGACUGCUGCAGGCCCUGGCGGUGGAUCCUGGUGCUGGCCUGGACCACGAAGUCCUGCGCUCCAAAGAGGACUUGAAGGAAGCGUUCAUCCAUUUCAUGGAGCGAGGAGCAGCCGCCGAGCGUUUCUAUAGCGACAAGGAUGGGUUCCAGAGGAUCGCGCGAGCAGCUGCAGAGUACCCUGGAGCGAAGCUGUACGUGGGAGGAAACGCUGCCCUCAUUAGUCAGAAGUUUGCAUCGUAUCCUGAUCUCAUGGUUUUGUUAUGCGGGCCGAUCGGUCCUAAACUCCACGAGAUGCUGGACGAGCAGAUCGUUGUUCCCCCAGAGUCUCUCCAGGAAACGGAUGAAUUUCACCUCAUUUUGGAGUACAAAGCAGGUGAACACUGGGGUUCAACUCGAGCCCCUCAGGCUAACCGCUUCAUCUUCUCCCACGAUGUGUCCAACGGUGAGAUGAGGUCACUGGAGACAUUCGUGGCGAGUCUGGACGAGUUCCAGCCCGACCUGGUGGUGCUGUCAGGGCUCCACAUGAUGGAGGGUCAGGGCAAAGAGCUGUGGGAGGAGCGACUGACGGAGGCUGUGGCAGCCAUCGCUGAUAUACCUAGAGACAUUCCCAUCCACCUGGAGCUGGCGAGCAUGACGGACAAAGACUACAUGAACAGCAUCAUGCAGGAGCAGCUCAUGCCCACUGUCAGCUCCAUUGGGCUGAACGAGCAGGAGCUGCUCUUCCUCUCUCAGGCUGGAGCGGGGCCUCACGCAGCUCUGCCUGCAUGGAAGGGCAUCCCCGACGUGGGUCGGGUCAGCGACAUCCUCCUCUGGAUCCUGGAGCAUCACGGCCGCAGCGACCCGUCCUCCGAGUCCGACCUCACUCGCGUUCACUUCCACACGCUGGCCUACCACGUCCUGGCUACGGUGGGCGAGUACUGGGGGAACCAGGCGGCGGCGGUGAUGGCAGGAGCUCGCGUGGCCAGCAGUCAGUCCUGCGGCCUCCACGCUGUCGACGUGGAAAAAGUGGAGCUGAAGGCCCCGCUGGAGUUCUACAGCUCCCACACGGAGCCUCGAGAGCAGCUCAACUUGAACCCAGCAGAGCCCGUUACCGUGUGGCGCCGCGGGAACGUCACCUUCCACAUGACGCCGGUGCUGGUCUGCAAGCACCCUCUUCGGACCGUGGGGCUCGGGGACGCCAUCUCAGCAGAGGGACUAGUUUAUUCAGAGUUUCAGGCCCAGCAGGACUUUUGAAGCUUCAGUCAGUCACUCCCCACAUCUGGGAAAGCGUUGAUGUGGAAAAUAACCAGCAAACUGUCGCCUGGGACUGUGGUUACUGGGUUACCGGGUCUGAGUAUAUCUGGUUAUAUAUGAUUACGGUAUAUAGUUACCGCCGGUAUAUAUGGUAAUGUGGUUAUAUUUGGUUACCGGGUCACAGAUUCUGGACACGUUUAGACGUCUGAGCCCUGAUUCAGGUUCCUUCACCCCAAAGAUCUGCUGCCAUUAAGUGAUCAGUGGUGACAGUUUUUUUUGUGUGUGUGUUUUUAAUCCAGCCUGAUGACUCCCCCAGCCUGCUCUGCCUCCUCUGAUCCCCCCCCCCCCUUUAUUUCUCCAGCAAACGGAGGCAGAGCUGGACUUGUCUGGACUCUAUGCACUGUGCACAGCUCAAAGCCAUCUUUAAGAGUUUUACUGUCACAGCUACGUAACUCCAACCUGCACACCUUCAGUACGCUGUGCCUUGUAAAAUAAAAAAUAUAUAUUAUAAAACACAUUAUUCAUGUUUUAGAGCCAAACAAACGUCUUAAAAUCAGUUCCUUUCUGACACAUGUAUUGUAUAAUAUGUGGUAAAAAUGUUCGUUUCUCCUACUUUUG